AUGUUAACGACACAAAAGUGUGAAAGUAGAGAAGGGAAGAACGAUGAGAUCUUUGAAUUGGGAGAAAGUAAUAGUGACAAGAUAUUAUUAAAACAUGGCAAAUGUAACUUGUUUUCUGAAAGGAAACCAGUUAAUCACUAG